UCUCUCCUUUCCCUGAUACUCAUUUCUGGGUGUUUCAUCUGAGCUCGGGACUCCCUUGCAAAGAGGAGAGUUUUCUUCUUCUUCUUCUUCUUCUUUUUUUUGGCCUUUUUGGAAAGACGGGGCCAAAAGAGAGGGGGCGAAAAGCGCGAGGGGCAAAACUAGCGACCCCUCAAGAAAGUUUAAGGAUUGCUUUUAUUUUAUUCUUUUUGGAAGUUUUAAUCGGCCGCGCGGUUGAGGAAAAAAAAUUCUCUUCUUGUUUCCCCUUCCCCUUCGUCCCGUUGUAACUUUGUUGCGUGAAGAAAGACGGGGCGGGGGAGCGAGAGAAAAUAUAUCGCUUGGAGAGGGAUGGUGCUCCUCUUACCAAGAAAAAAAUAAAAUAAAUGAAGAGUCGUUCACGACUGGAUCUUCGUCUUGGAGCCCGGCAGAGAAUAAUAAACAUAAUACAGAAAGGAAGCAGGAGCAGCAACUUGUAAGAUUCGAGCGAAGGAGUCCUGGCCAGGGGAAAGAAAAAAGAAAAAAGAAAGGAAAAAAGAAAGGAAAAGGACAUCCAGUUACUUCUCAGUUGCUUCUCUUUGUGGAAGAAAAGUGAGUAACCUCCAUGGAAGAUACUCAGGAUUUAAAUGAACAGUCAGUGAAAAAACCGUGCACAGAUUCAGAUGUUUCAGAAUCUCAGAAUUCAAGAUCUAUGGAAAUGCAGGAUCUAGCGAGUCCUCAUAAUCUUGUGGGAAGCAGUGAAGCACCAGGUAGUUCUAAACUGGACAAAUCAAAUCUUAGCACCACAUCUAUUACAACAAAUGGAACAGGCGGAGACAACAUGACUGUUUUAAACACUGCAGACUGGUUGUUGAGUUGCAGCACUCCUUCUUCUGCAACAAUGUCUCUUCUUGCAGUCAAAACAGAGCCUAUGAACAGUAAUGACUCAACAACAACAAGUGGAGAUGGAUCUCUUGACAAUUUUACUGGGUCAGUGAUAACAAGUAGUGGCUACAGUCCAAGAUCAUCACAUCAAUACUCACCGCAGCUAUAUCCCUCCAAGCCCUAUCCACAUAUUCUUUCAACGCCAGCAGCUCAAACAAUGUCUGCCUAUGCCAGUCAGACCCAGUAUUCAGGAAUGCAGCAACCAGCAGUGUAUACAACCUACUCACAGACUGGGCAACCUUACAGCUUACCUGCUUACGAUUUGGGUGUAAUGUUGCCGGGCAUCAAGACAGAGAGUGGACUUUCACAAACACAAUCACCAUUGCAGACUGGGUGUCUUAGUUACAGCCCAGGGUUCUCCACACCACAGCCAGGCCAAGCACCAUAUUCAUACCAAAUGCCAGGUUCUAGUUUUACACCAUCCUCCACUAUUUAUGCAAACAAUUCAGUAUCAAAUUCUACAAACUUCAAUAGUUCACAACAGGAUUAUCCAUCAUAUGCAGCUUUCAGCCAAAAUCAAUAUCCACAGUAUUAUUCAGCAUCAACAUAUGGAGCAUACAUGACAUCAAAUAACACCGCAGAUGGUACCUCUUCAUCCUCAUCAACAUACCAGCUCCAAGAAUCCCUUCCAGGUCUUACUACCCAACCAGGAGAGUUUGAUGCUGUGCAGAGCCCUUCAACUCCAAUCAAAGAUCUUGAUGAAAGAACGUGUAGGAGUUCUGGGUCAAAAUCAAGGGGCAGAGGGAGGAAAAAUAACCCAUCCCCUCCUCCUGAUAGUGACUUGGAGCGUGUAUUUGUUUGGGAUUUGGAUGAAACUAUCAUUGUCUUCCAUUCACUUCUUACAGGAUCUUAUGCACAGAAAUAUGGAAAGGAUCCACCUGUAGCAGUGACUCUUGGACUUCGCAUGGAAGAAAUGAUUUUUAAUCUUGCUGAUACUCAUUUAUUUUUCAAUGAUUUAGAGGAAUGUGAUCAAGUACAUAUAGAUGAUGUAUCAUCAGAUGACAAUGGACAAGACCUAAGUACCUACAGUUUUGCAACUGAUGGCUUCCAUGCAGCUGCAAGUAGUGCAAACCUUUGUCUGCCAACAGGUGUAAGAGGUGGAGUUGACUGGAUGAGGAAGCUGGCAUUCCGUUACAGAAGAGUCAAAGAAUUAUAUAAUACUUAUAAAAACAAUGUAGGAGGACUUCUUGGCCCUGCAAAAAGAGAUGCAUGGCUACAGUUAAGAGCAGAGAUUGAAGCUCUCACUGACUCCUGGCUGACCAAUGCACUUAAAUCAUUAUCAAUUAUUAGUACAAGGAGUAACUGUGUAAAUGUCUUGGUAACAACAACUCAACUUGUACCGGCCCUAGCAAAAGUGCUUCUGUAUAGUUUAGGAGGUGUUUUUCCUAUUGAAAAUAUUUACAGUGCAACUAAAAUAGGAAAAGAAAGUUGCUUUGAACGAAUAAUGCAAAGGUUUGGCAGAAAAGUAGUAUAUGUUGUAAUUGGGGAUGGUGUAGAAGAAGAACAGGCAGCAAAAAAGCAUAACAUGCCUUUCUGGAGAAUAUCUAGCCAGUCCGACCUCCUGGCUCUACACCAAGCGCUGGAAUUAGAGUAUUUGUAACUGUUCUUUUUUUAUACAUAUUUCAAAGUACACUGAUUUUUUUUUUACUUUGGAUAUGGUGCCUCUGGCUUUACACAUAUUAUCGUCUUAAAAAGAAAGAGCAAUAUAUGGAUUCCAUUGAAAAGAAUUCAGAUCACCGCAUGGAGACACACGUUUUAAUACGACAUAAGGAUUCUCUACAUGGUCUUAUAUAUUCAGCAUUUUGAUGAUUAAAGAACUAGAAAAAUGGUUGCUGGUACACACCAAAUGAGCCCUAGCCAGAGUGAACAAGGUUUGCAAUAUUCAAGGAGAAGGAGAAGAAUGAAUGCAUUUUGUGAAUGACAAGGGUGGUAUUCAACAACAUUCCUCACAAUGGGAUAUAUUCUCAGCACAGAGGUUUGAAUCAAACUUUAGGCUACCUACCUGACUUAGCGAAUUGGGAUGCGCUUGGACUAUACAAUGGCAGUCCUGUCUCAAUCCGUAAUAGGUGUAAAUUAUUAAUGAAAAUAAUUUACUGUGACAUUAGCAACUGACUUUGGAAGUGGAUGCAAUUUAUUAUAUUGUUUUGUUUUGUUUUUGGAGGUGUGUGGGAAGGGGUAUAUAAUAAUAAUUGUCUCUUUUAUAAACUUGGCAGACAGAAUGUGCAUAAUGAUGUGUUGUGCCUUAAAUGACAAGAUCUUGUUUGUGUGUUACAGUGUAACAUUGAUUUAAAAUUAUGUAGAUAAGAUAAAUCUUUGUGAUAAUUUUUGACAUGACCAAAUUUCAAAUUCAAUUAAUCAGUACUGCAUAAAAGCAGUUUAAGUGUUUGUUGCAGUAAGAGAAAAAAUAUAUAACUGAAAGUUAGCGUUUUUAUUUAGAUUCUUAAUAAUUCCACUGAUUGUAUGCAAAUAUUUUUUUAAAAAAAAUAUGUCAAAAGGUUGGAAUAUUCGGUAUUCUGAGAAAAUAGUUAACAUGACAAAUUAUUUGACAAUUUAUCCUUAAUGUUUGCAUUUUAAAAAAAUUAUACACAUGGAUAACUUGUGCUGCAAUGAGUUUAAUUUAUGGUAUAUGUGUAAAAAAAAAUAGCAGGCUACUUUUACCUAUUGACCUAGUAUCAAAUUACAAUGUAGUAUAUUUAACAUUCAAUAAGAUACAUAUAAACAUGGCUGAAUGUGGUCCAAUGGAAGUUUAAGUAAAAGAAAACAGCUAAAUCAAAAAAGAAAAGAAAUUGCUUGCUAUUUCUGCAACAAAAAAUACAGUAGACUAGGGGUGUCAAACUCAAUUUCAUUGAGGGCCUCAGUUGACCUUGGGGGCCCGGUGAGGCUAGGUGGGUGGGUGUGGCCAACUGGGUGGGCAUGGUCACCUUGAUGCCACUCCCCAAACUGCUGGCAUGUUUUCUGUUCGCAUUGGGUAGAACAGGAUGGCCCCGCGGGCCAGAUCUGACUACAUUGCAUGCUGGAUCCAGCCACAGGUCUUGAGUUUGACACCUCUGCAGUAGACAAACAAAAAGAUUACUAGAUGAACAAUAAUAUUUUCCUAACAUUGUCAAGAAAAGAAAAAUGUAAUCUAUAAAUUGUCCAUUAUGUGGUCCAGUCAAAAAGAUCCUUUCAGUUAAUGAGUUUCUACCAGCACUUAAAUCUGUUAUAAAUGAUUUUGUAGCUGUAGGUCAGCAUGAAUCUCAGUGGAAUGUUCCUCUCUGGUUAGAUUUUCCUAUGCAUAUUACCGUAUUUUUCAGAGUAUAAGAUGUACUCCCCGCCCCCCGCCCCGCAAAAGUGAGUGGAAAUGUCUAUGCGUCUUAUACAGCAAAUAUUGCCGAAGCGCCUCCCACCUGCUGGCCCCCACACUUCAGCUGUUUUCGGCCUCUGUGCAUCGCAUUUUCGGUCUCCACACGCUCCAUUUUAGACCUGUUCCACGCUGCAAGGAUUGCCAUAGAACAUUGCCACCGAUCGCCGCCUCUGCACAUUGUAUUUUUGGCCUCCACACGCACCCUUUUUGGCCUCCGUGCAUUGCAUUUUCAGGCAGUUCCAUGUGGUGGGGCUCCCCGCCACCUGGAAUCAGCCAAAAAUGCCAUACACAGAGGCCAAAAACGGAGCGUCCAUAGGCCGAAAACACAAUGUGUAGAGGCGGCGAUGGGCUGUGGUGAUCCCUACAGCCUGGAACAGAUGAUUGGCAGUAUUCUAUGAGGCAGAGCCAACCACCAAUCAGCUGCUUGUGCUGAAUCAGGCUGCGAUAACAUGCUGAAACUAACCAGGCUGUGUGCUGUUUGCUGGAAGGACACUAUCCAGAUGAAUACCUACAGAUGCUGGCAGGCAGAGGCAAAACAUUUUUUUUCUUGUUUUCCUCCCCAAACACUAAUGUGCAUCUUCUACUCUGAAGCAUCUUAUAUUCCGAAAAAUACAGUAACUAUGCUUACAUUUAUUUGCAGCAAUGGUUUUUCUAACAUUGCACUAUAUUAUGGGUUCUUGAAUAAACCAGAAUUCGUUUGAUUUAUACACUAUAUGAAGUCAAAAUCAAACAAUUAUUUGAAUGUGUAGAUUCAGCCCUGCAUAUUAUUUUGAUCUUGUGUUUGCAUAAUAAUAGUGUACAAGUCAUUUGUUACAAAGGAGGUGGGCAGCAUAUGCUAUCCUAUCUGUGGCAACACCCCACCCACUUUAGAAUCUCCCCUUCCCAAGAAUUUAAACAAGCUGUGACUUUGAAAACAAGAGUACUUUUGUUCCUUCUAACUUCUAAGGACUUCUAACAUAAGAUGGAUGGGUGGUUGUAAUUUCACUGUGUUUAUUUUAAUGCUCUGUUUCACAGGUAGUCCUUGACUUACAACAGUUCAUUUACUGACCGUUCAAAGUUACAAUGGCACUGAAAAAAAAUGACAUGACUGUUUUUCACACUUAACGACUGUUGCAGCAUCCCCAUGAUCACAUGAUCAAAAUUCAGAUGCUUGACAAAUGACUCAUAUUUAUGAUGGCUGCAGUGUCCUGGGUCAUAUGAGCCCUUUUUGCAACCUUCUGACAAGAAAAGUCAAUGAGGAAGCCAGAUUCACUUAGUGACCGUGCUACUACUUUAACAACUGUGGUGAUUCACUUAACAACUGUGGCAAUUAAGGUCCUAAAAUGUGGCAAUACUCACUUAACAAAUGUCUCAGCAACAGAAAUUGUGGUCGUAAGUUGAGGACUACCUGUACUGCUUUUAUUUUUAAAGUCCAUUUUGUGAUAUUUUCCUCUUAACUGCCUUGUACGCCUUUCUUAGGGCCAGAUGCUCUCCUGUCUAGUUGCCACAAGUUGUUCAUUUCAAUUCAAUGAUUCUGUGAUUUUUCUAAUGAUGUAUAAUUUGUGGGUAAGCCUUGUGGGAGGGGGAGGAAAGAAAUGAGACUGGGUAGUAUUUAAGAACAGGGUAGCAGCCUCUUAAUGUAAUUAAUGGCUGUUGCAGUUAUGCUUUACACACGUGGCUGAAGGGCAGUUACCAAUUGACAAAGAGAAUGGGCUUCCCAGUUAAUUAGCUGUGAUAGCAAAUCAAACUAAACCACCAUAAGAGUUUAAAAAAUCUGAAACACCUUAAGCAUAGAUAAGAAAAUGAAGAAAAGAUAAAACUGAGCAUUGCCCCUUUGUUACCACAUUUUUCUAUAACCAUUUGUGUGUUGGGACAGUGGAUCUCUACAGUGUACAGGUAGUUCUUAUUUACCAAUCACAACUAGGUCUGGUGGCAGCUCUGAAUCGUAAGCAGCUUGGUUGUAGAGUGAAACAUCAGGUGAUUGUGCCCAAUUUAACAAAUGAACUGCGGUCAUUAAGCAAGUCCCCACAACCAUUACAUGCGACAACUGUGACUUUCAGCUAUCAGCAGCUUCCCCAUUGAUUUGUUAAAAGCCAGCUGUGAAAGCCACAAAUAGUGAUCACAUGACCGUUGCAAAUGUACACCUGUUGCCAAGUGCCCAAAUUGCACUCUACGGGAAUGCUGCAACAGCCGCAAAUAUGAAGAACAAGUCAUAAAUCUCUUUUUCUCAGGCUGUCAUAACGUUGAACAGUGACUGCAAGGAGCUGGGUAAGCUAGGCCUACCUUUAGCAUUAUUGGCCGAGUGAAAAUCCUUGCAAAAUUCAGAGAUUUAAUAAUGGAAAAACAAAGGUGUCAUUUUUGCCUUACAGAAUACAAAAUGCACUCUGGAAUGAAAUGUUCAUUGUUUCAGAGGUAAGAUCCUUUGAUGAGUACUAAGACUAAGAUAGUUAACAUUUAUAUCUUGGGAAUGCACAAAAUAAUAGUGUUCAGAUAUGAAUUGGUUGACAAUAUGAAUAUAAAACCUAUCAUCAGUUGAAGUGAAUUUCUUUUCUGUGCUAUCCUCUGCAUUAAUAAAAUUCAUUUUAGUUUAAAAGAGCUUAGAGAUGCUGUUUCUCACAAUUUCACUUGUGAUUAUUUUUAAAGCAGCAAACUUUUUAUUUUUUCAAACUUAUUUUAAAUUUGUUUUAUUUGCCCAAAGGCCCAUGAAAAUUAUUGUAUCAACUUGUUAAUAUAGAAAUGUUUUUUGGUCAUCUUUGGAUAUUUAGAUAUAAAUAGGUUAAAAAUGUCCAUAAAAUAUUCAUAAAGUCUGCAAGCCAUCCAACCAAUUUUAUACUUGUCACAUAUUUUAGUUACUUAAGGUGAAAAUUCAUAAGCCCUUAUCUCUGGUCUCGGAUUAUAAUAAAAAAUACCUUUGAAUCAUUGAACAAUGUGUAUUUUUAAUCUAAUUAAACUUCUUAUAAAGGUGUUCCUCAAUAGUUUCAAGAUAUUCUAUAAAAAUAUAAAUGGAAGCUGUUUUAUCAAAAUGACAGAAUGACACUACUGUACAGUACAGUACAAGUUUAUUUGGCAAUGAUGUAGAGUUGAGAUUUUGCAAUGUUUUCAAUUGACACAAUCAGUUUAUUUUGCUUUACAUUUGAGUUUCCUAAACAUUGCUCCAUUAUUAUUGUAUCAAUGUUUUGACAAAAAAAAUAUGAAAUUCCAUGCCUAAUAACAAGAAUCAGAAUUGCCAAACUUUUAGAUGCAGAAAUAAGCUGUGUCAAAUUCUGACCUUUCAAGUGAUUCUUUACAAAAAUGAUAAUGGAGAAAAACAAGACAUUGCUGCUGAAUUAAAAUUUGAGGCGAAUAAAAUUGACCGGAUUUUGGCAUUUGGGAAAGGUCAAAAUAAUUGCAGAAUGAGUAAGAGAAUGUUAUUCUUGAUUUUUAAAAAAAUAAUAAUAAUUGGAUUGCCAUCGGUAUUUUUAUAACUUUUUCUCUCACACCUACAUGUGUGCAUAUGCACAUAUACACGAUGUUUGUUAAAUAGUUGUGCACUUAAAACAAUAUAUUCUGAAUAUUAUGCUUUGCAUUUGCUGUACCAAUUUGAACAGAAACGGCACUUAAGUAUGAAGCACUUUAAAUAGAGGGCUUGAGAUAGAGGAACAGCACAAUUUAAUUUUAAGAGAAGUACAAAGUAAUAAUGGAUAGAGGGUUCAAAUCAAUAAACUACUAUAGUGAAAUGGAAAAAUUAAAUAUGUAGACAGUUUUCGACAUUUUUCCACAUAUGUCAUCCUUUCUCCCUUUUUCAUUGGCUUUUGGCAUAGUGCAUCAACUGUUCCUUUGCUGUGACAGGCCUAUCCAUGGCUUUUCAUUGUCUGCCUCCAGUUGUUUGGAGCAGGGUUCUCCAACCUUGGUCCCUUUAAGACUUGUGGACUUCAACUCCCAGAGUUCCUCAGCCAGCUUUGCUGGCU